AUGCCCCGCUUUCUAACAGACUCCCGCAAAGCGCCCGCUAAAAGCCAACCCCUGCUGGUGAUUGGCGCGGGCCUUCCGCGAACAGCAACAUCAUCUCUUCAAUCAGCGUUAGAAAUACUAGGCUAUGAUCCUUGUCUGCACAUGGCGCAUAUCAUCCCACACGCAGAGCGCCAGCAAAUGCUUAUAGAUGCCUCUCGUGAGCCCGACAAAGAAAAGCGCCAAAAGCAAGUACAUGCUCUGGUUGACGGAUAUGGCUCUGUGGUCGACAUGCCGGCAGUCUUCUUCCUCGAGGACCUGGUGGAAAUGUACCCAGAUGCCAAGGUGGUUUUGAGCAGUCGUCCAAAUCCAGAGAUCUGGGCACAGAGUGCAUCGGAUAGUUUGAGGUUCUUCUUCACGCGGCGCUUUUACUGGGUUGGGAUGCUGUGGCGCACUGAUCGGUUGUGGUAUAGGCUCAAUAUGCGGAUUGUUGAGUGGUGUCGCGAGCGCUUGGGGGAGGGUGAUAUCUUUACGGCGCCCUUUGCGGUCAAAUAUGAUCAGCAUGUCAGGGAGGUUGUGGCGGCUCGUGGUGGUGAGGUCUUGGAAUUCCGUGCGGAGCAUGGGUGGGCUCCGCUGUGUGAGUUCCUCGGAAAGGAUAUUCCUGAUUCCCCAUUUCCCAGGGUUAACGAGAGGAAGACUUUUGUUUUUAUUAGAAGGAUCAUGAUUGCAAAGGGGCUGGUGAGCUGGGCGGUGCUGGGCGGCGUUGUGUGGGCUGGUUGGAGAUAUGCGAGGUCUUGA